GGAUUCUGGGUCUGCGAGAGGAGGGUCUGGGGACCCGGACCCCUGUGCCAGGAGAUGGGGAUCCAGACCUCUGGAUCUGAGGGAGGAGGGGUUGGGGGCCUGGAUCCCUGGAUCUGAGGGAGAAAGAGCUCGGGGCAAACUUCAGGUCCCUGGCUUUCCUGGCAACGCCCCCCAGGGCCGGGCUUCCACGAUCCAGCCCUUAUUUAUGGUUUGAUCCUAUGGCCUCACCUGACUUUGGAGGUGGAGAGGGGCCCAGAGUGAGUGACAGGCACUCUAAAAUGGCUACAGGAAUGCGCUAUUCGGGGAAGGUGGUGAUUGUGACUGGAGGUGGACGCGGCAUUGGAGCUGGGAUUGUGCGUGCUUUCGUGGACAGCGAGGCCCAAGUAGUAAUCUGCGACAAAGAUGAGUCUGGGGGCCGGGCCCUGGAGCAGGAGCUUCCUGGAACUGUCUUUAUCCUCUGUGAUGUGACCCAGGAAGAAGAUGUGAGGACCCUGAUUUCUGAGACCAUCUGCCACUUCGGCCGCCUAGACUGUGUAGUCAACAAUGCAGGCUACCACCCGCCUCCGCAGUGGCCUGAGGAGACCUCGAUCCAGGGCUUCCGACAGCUGCUGGAGCUGAACCUGCUGGGGACAUAUACCUUGACUAAGCUUGCCCUUCCCCACCUGCGGAAGAGUCGAGGGAACAUCAUCAACAUUUCCAGCCUGGUAGGGGCAAUUGGCCAGUACCAAGCAGUUCCCUAUGUGGCCACCAAGGGGGCAGUAACAGCCAUGACCAAAGCCUUGGCCCUGGAUGAGAGUCAGUACGGUGUCCGAGUCAACUGUAUCUCUCCAGGAAACAUCUGGACCCCACUAUGGGAACAGCUGGCAGCCUUAACACCUGAUCCCAGCGCUACAGUCCAAGAGGGCACCUUGGCCCAGCCCCUGGGCCGCAUGGGUCAGCCUGCUGAGGUGGGGGCUGCAGCAGUGUUUCUGGCCUCUGGAGCCACCUUCUGCACAGGCAUCGAGCUGCUUGUGACAGGGGGUGCAGAACUGGGCUAUGGACGCAAGGCGGGUCAUGUCACCCCCGUGGAUGCCCCUGCUACCCCUUCCUGAUUUCCCACAUUUCCACUUUCCCCUCUCUGUGUAGGACACUUCCCCCCCCCCAUAUUCCAGCCUAUACCAUCUGCCUCCCAGGUGCAGCCCCCAGCCCCUUAGACUUGAAGCCCACUUUCGAAAGGUUCCAGAUCACCCUGUAGUUUCCUAUUAAAGAAAUUUGCAGCUAGCA